CUCCGCGGGGCUGAGCAUAUCCAACAUAAAUACAUUAGAGAAUUAAUGCCUUCUGCUCAUCGGCUUUAUCCUUGCCAAUUAAUAACAGUCCAGCAGAACUCACCCGCACAGAGACAAUUAUUAUCUCGCUGUCCAGGAUUCGGAGCUGAGCUCUAGUGUAACCCCAGGGAAAAAAAUGCCUCACAUUCGCUCUCUAGGAGGAGCUCCAACUCUGCUGUUCCUCACUGCACAAGGAUGGCAGCCUGCUCGGCUCCUCACAGCACUCCCGGGAGGGGAUUUCUGUCUCCAAGUGGCUUUUCAAACCAUCCUCAGCCCUCAUAUGUGGUCCACUAGAUGGGUCUCUCCAGGUGCAUUGGGCCACAUAGGGAAAGGGAGUCCUUUGCACCCCACGCCGCAGCCUCGGCGAGCCGCCUCUUGCUGCAGCACCGUCUCCUGUACCCAAACAGCCUUGAAAAGAGGUUGUCCAGUCCUGCCUGUGCUGAUACCCGAGUGGCCUGGGACUGGGAGAAAGUUGAGUUUUCCCAGCCAAAGAAAAGCUGAAUUUUCCCAGCCUUGCGUGUCAGCCCCUGGUACAAGCGGUGGGAUGCAGGCAUCUCCAGAUGUUUGCAGGAGCGAGUAAGAGUGGGGAUAAAUGGUUGGUUGGGAGAUUGGUUUUGCAUGCUCCGUCUGUGCUCGUGCUGGGCACCAGCCCAGUGCUGGGCUGCCAGACUCAGACAAGACGUUGCCUUCCGCCCCCUUCAUCCUCAGCAGGACACAUGAUGCUAAUGGUCCCUCUUGGCCUUAGCACCGCUUGGCAGGCCCCUGCUCAUCAGGUCCUCCCUCAGCUCCUGGCCGGGGCAAACUGCAUUGCUGGCAGCACGCAGCCCUACUGCCCCAGGUCCUGCAGGCUUGGACUGGGGCUGAGCUGCUGUCCAGCAUCAAAUUGCCAGUGAUAUCCCAGAGUCUGAUGGCCCUUGAUGGCCCUGUAAGGCUGUUGUCCCAUGGCGGUCCGCUGGGGACAGGGACUACACCCUCACUGCCCAUCUCAGCAAGUCACAGGCUGGGAAGGGAAGCCAGGAGCUUUGCGAGCAGGUACAAAUCCUCUCCCAGAAUAGGGAAGCAGCCCAGUCAUCCAUGUCCUGCCCAGCCCGGUGCUUCCCUGAACCCCCAGACAGAGGUUUCACAACCAUUCACUAUUUUCUGUCAGUUCAGCGACUAAACUGCCUCACGGAGGACCAGACCUGGCACAAGGGAAGCAGCAAGCAGAGGUCUCGGCCGUCGGUGAGAUGCCACCCCAGGUGGGAGAGGCCCUUGUCCUGCACUGCCUCCCCGCAGAGCCGGCAGCAGCCACCAGGCUCCUGCCUUGGCCACUGCUCCACGGGAUGGAUCCAGCCCUGCUCCCUCCACUGACCCGGGGGGACCAAUUCCCCGGCAUGGUUCCCUGUCAUGGUACACCCACGUACAUUCAAGAAGCAGAAAUAAUGUAUUGCCUUCUAGCUAAGGAUCAAAAAGCGUGGCUUUGUGUCUACUACUGCUGGGGGUUUAAAUGCUGUGCCCAGCUGUAGCCAGCUGUGCCCAGUGCUGUGGGGACAACACACCUGGGCACUGCCCCUCACCUCCAGGCCCUCCCCUCCAGACCAGGUCUGAUAUUUCAGCUGGGUGCGGGUAAAGGGUCUGCAAACGCAUGUGAGCAGGUGAAGGCAGUGUGAGUAGCUCUACCCAGGCAAAGCCUCCUGCAGACCUUCCCUUGACAUAAAACUUAGAAGUGCCGUCAGUCAGGGUGAAACGCUGUCAGCUGGGGCGGUGAAGCGUGACGAAUAAAGGGUCUUUGUCCUACAGAGAUGUUUGGCUCGUCUCCAGUCACUGUGGUGAUCACGUCUGAGGCUGACACUUGGGAUAUCGAUGCCUCCUCUUGUCUGGGCUGUGGACAGUUUGUGGAUUGGGACAGGAUGCCAGACCUGGAGCAACAAGCAAAUAUCCCCAGAGACAUCCUCACCAAGCCCAAAAAAGAGCUGAAGAAGCUGGCAAGAGAAGGCUACUGGGCGACAAGCCGUGCACUGAGAGCUCGGGUUUACCACCAGCUCAUCCAGCAGGUCACCUGCCGGCUCGUGACUCCAGAUGCUCUAGUCUACACAGAUGUAGCGAAUCGGCUCUUUGGGAAGCAGAGUGUGAGCUCCCAUCCUUUGCCAGACUUCCUUGAAGGAUGCUCCAUGCCCACGUACUGCCUAACCGUGGAAGGGGUCACUGCGUUGAAGAAGAUCCUCAUCUGCAUUGACAACCUUUUCCCCGACAUAACCUACAGCCCAAUCCUCCCCUCUCUGGUGGCUCUGUUGCUGCACUACAGUGAAGAGGAAGCUCAAUGUUUUGAGAACAUCUCUCGCCUCAUCGCCAGCAAUGCCCCCCACACCAGCUACAUUGACCAAUCUUUCCUGGCCCACCAAGCCUCCUGCAUGACUUUUGGGGAUCUGGCCAACAAGCAUUGCCCAGCAGCUCACAGACUGAUAGCUAGCACGUCCGAGAAUGUUUUUGAGGUCUACUCCGAAUGGCUAUCGUGGCUCUUCCAUGACCUCCCCUUCAAUUACGUCAUCCGCAUAUUUGACGUCUACCUGCUGGAGGGGCAGAAGGUCCUCUACCGCAUUGCUCUGGCCUUGCUGAAGCAGUACAGGCUCUCGGUGACCUCCACUGAGCUGGAGGGAAUUGACAUCAAGACAGAUCUGCAAGCUUUCGUGCAGAACAUUGGCGAGCACGUGACUGUCGACAAACUCUUAGAGAGAGCGUUUGGCAUCAGGCUGUUCUCCCGCAAGGAAAUCUGGCUUCUCCAGAUGGCCAACAGGAAGGCAUUAAUGGAGAGAGGCAUGACCAUGGUGCAGAGCAGGCAGUCCUUCCACCUGGCUGUGGACAUGCAGAAUUUCAGCUCCAGCAUUGUAACGGCGCAGGAGAUGCGCAUCAUCUGGUCCUGGAUCCCCGAGCGGUUCUCCCUCUUCCCCCCGCUGCUGCUCUUCUCCACCUCAGAAGAUGGGUGCAGCUUGCAGAGGUUUUACUCGUGCUGUGAAGGUUAUGAACCGACGGUGCUGCUCAUAAAAACAACAGAGCAGGAAGUGUGCGGGGCAUUUCUCUCCUCCGACUGGAGCGAAAGGAGAAAGAGUGGGGCAACAUCAGGCUUUUUUGGGACAGGAGAGUGCUUCGUAUUCACUGUGCGUCCUGAGAUGGAGAGGUACGAGUGGGUGUUCAUCAAGAAGCCAGAGUUGGCCAAAGCGGUGCCGCGCUCGCGCCAGCGCUCUCCUUCUCCCUCUCCCACCUCCCUCCUCAGCUCUUCUCCGGACGGCCGCCGCGCCAGCUCCAACCUCCUCACCGUGCCUACCCCGCAGAGGACAAAAGGUCGCCUCUCUCCCUUUCUGGCCAUCAGGCAUUUCCUCCUGCCUUCCAAAACAGCCUCCAUGUUCAUGUCCGGGUCUCAGGAAGGAAUCAUUAUUGGUGGAGGGGGAGGCCGAGCUCUGACCCUCGAUGCCGAGCUGCUCUGGGGGCACACGGAGAGCUGCGAGACGUUCGACAACCCUCCGCUCUGCCAGGAGAACUUCAAGGUGCAGCUCUUGGAAGCAUGGGGCUUUCAAAACACCUAGGCACCACAGGGCUGGCCCCUCACCAUGCCACCUGCGGAGAUGACACCCCCCCCGCUGCAGCAGGGUCACCCUCCCUCACUGCUACAGCCUCUGCUGGCAGCACCAUGGAUGCCUCUGCGCUCUGCAGCCCUCUGCUAGCGGUCCUUCCCGUCCCUCCCCUCUGUCAUUACCAGCAGCGAUGGUCAGGAUCAAGGGCGAUGAAGUGCCGUGAACUGUACCGCAGGCACUGCCUUCAGGGGGGUUUGGGGAGUAGCUCAGG